AUGCUGCCCAUCUCCCGCCCCGCCACGCCGCCGCUCGACGGGCCAGUGUUCGGCAAGGCUGCCGCCGCGGCCGCGGCCGCCUCGACGUCGGCCAUUGCGCCGCCGCCGCCCAGCACGCCCAUCUACGCCGGCAGCAUCGAGAGCCAGCUGCGCGCCGUGCUGCAGAGCAUCGACGUCGACAGCUGCGAGGCCAACGGCGAGAAUGCCUUCUUCGUCGCCGACCUGGCCGAGGUGUAUCGGCAGCAUGUGCGCUGGAUGCGCGAGCUGCCGCGCGUCGUGCCGUUCUACGCGGUCAAGUGCAACCCGGACCCGUAUGUGCUGCGCCUACUCGCCGCCCUCGGCUCCGGCUUCGACUGUGCCUCCAACGGCGAGAUCCAAAGCGUGCUCGACCUUGGCGUGUCGCCCACGCGCAUCAUCUACGCCAACCCGUGCAAGGCCUCUUCGUUUGUGCGCACCGCCGCUGCUCAGGGCGUCGGCAUGGCGACGUUUGACAACGCCGACGAGCUGACCAAGAUGGCGCGCUUCCAUCCGCGCUGCAAGCUCGUCGUGCGCAUCCUCACCGACGACUCCAAGAGUGCCUGCCAGCUGGGCCUGAAGUUUGGCGCGCCCCUCGACAGCGUGCCGCGGCUGCUUGCGCGGGCCAAGGAGCUCUGCCUCGACGUCGUCGGCGUCAGCUUCCACGUCGGCUCGGGCUGCUACGACCCCGACUCGUUCCGCGAUGCCGUGCUGCGCGCUCGCCGAGCAUUCGACAUGGGCCGCGAGGCCGGCUUCGAGUUUGAUCUGCUCGACGUGGGCGGCGGCUAUGCGCACGACAACUUUGAGAGCAUCGCCGCGGUGCUGCGCCCCGCCAUCGAUGCGUACUUUCCCGAUGCCGAGUUUGCGCCGGGAGGCUCGGCCGUGCAGCACAGCCCGCACGGCCUGCGCAUCAUCGCCGAGCCGGGCCGGUACUACGUGCAAAAGGCCUUUGUGCUCGCUGCCAACAUCAUCGCCCGGCGCGACGGGCGCAAGGACGAUGCCGAGGGUGUGGUGGAGCACUCGACUGCCGCGCCGGCGCUGCCGAGCGCCGAGGACAAGCCCGAGGUCAUGUACUAUCAAAACGACGGCAUGUACGGCGCGUUCAACUGCAUUCUCUUCGACCAUCAAUCGGUGCAUCCCAAGGUGCUGACGCUGGGGCACGACUUUCUCUACGAGCCCUCGCUGCCCGCUCCCGGCGUGCGAGCUGCGGCGCCCAGCGCCUCGGCGGCGCAGCGCCGCGCGCUGACGCUGCAGCCGUGCAGUGUGUGGGGCCCGACGUGCGACUCGAUCGACUGUGUGCGUGCGCUGGCGCACCUGCCGCGCGGCCUCGAGGUGAGCGACUGGCUCGUGUACGAGGACAUGGGCGCGUACACCAUCUGCGCCGCCAGCGGCUUCAACGGCCUGCAGCAGAGCCAGGUGCGCUACACCAUCGGCGCAGAGGGCAGAGACGCCGAUGCGGUGGCCGCGCUGCUGGGCGCGCCGCAGUACUGA